AUGGCCCACAGCGUACCCUAUGCUAUACGUUUCAGGCAGUGUCUGAUUGAUUUUAGAUCAUCCUCGAGCGACAGUCGACGCCCCCUAUUCAAUGCCAUCAAAUAUGCAACCGCAUUCCCCGUAAUAUACUUGUCGGCGGCACAACGCCUUACUGUCCCCGAACCAGAAGUUUUCGGAGGGCUCGCAGAAAAAUCCUCACAUUCAACAUACACCGAUUAUGCAUUAUUCCGACUCUGGCUCUUCUCUGCCGCCGUCAAUUCGCUAUAUUCGUUCUGGUGGGACGUUACACACGACUGGGGUUUUGAUCUUCUUGUCCCGCGAUCUGCUGCGUCUGGACCUGUUGACCAUCGUCCUCACCAUAAUUCCUCACCCCCAAGGCCAUUAGUUCUGCCGCGCUUGCACUCUCAUGCUACCCUUCCAACCACGGGUGCCAUUCCUCCCAAAAAUGAAAAGGAGUUUGCUCACGAAGACGGACACGCACCGAUUUUAAAGCAGCAGAGGCAAUCGCAUCCGUUCGGGUUGAGACCGAAGUUACUUUUUCCGCUGCCGGUAUAUCCUUUUGUGAUUGUCGCUGACCUCAUCUUACGUCUCACGUGGAGCGCCAAACUGUCGAGUCACCUGCACAUGUAUGCGGAGGGGGACUUGCUGAUUUAUUACUUUGAGGUUGCUGAAAUGGUGCGGCGCUGGAUGUGGGUUUUCGUAAGGGUGGAAUGGGAAAUGUUGAAAGAAGGAAAGGAAGCUCACAGCCGACGGGGAACGUCCGGAACGGGUCGAUCUGAAGGAACCCGGGUGGAUGAGUACGAGAUGACGGUACCUUCAGAUCAAAAUGAUGGUGCUUCUUCGGGCGGGUUGCUAAGUCUGGAGGUCCUCGCAAUUUUGUACAAGGGCGGUGAGGCCGCAGAACAGGAGGCUCGUCUUUUGGGCACGGUCGAGAACCAGCUCGGCCUCCGCCCUUGGCUCGAGUCGGAGGGACACGAGUUUAUUGUCACCGACGAUAAGGAGGGCCCUGACAGCUUGUUCCAGAAGCACAUUGUCGAUGCUGAGGUCUUGAUCACGACACCCUUCCACCCCGGUUACCUGACCCGCGACCUCAUUGACAAGGCCAAGAACCUCAAGAUCUGUAUCACUGCUGGUGUCGGAUCGGACCACGUCGACCUCAAUGCUUGCGUUGAGCGCAAAAUUCAAGUACUCGAGGUCACUGGCUCAAACGUCGUCUCAGUCGCCGAACACGUCGUCAUGACCAUCCUUCUCCUCGUCCGCAACUUUGUCCCCGCUCACGAGAUGAUUGAGCGCGGAGACUGGCAGGUGUCCCAGAUCGCCCGCCAGGCCUUUGACCUUGAGGGCAAGGUUGUUGGCACCAUUGGCUGCGGUCGUAUUGGUUACCGUGUCCUCCAGCGUCUCAUGCCCUUCGACUGCAAGGAGCUUCUCUACUUCGACUAUGCCGACCUCCCUGAGCACGCAGCCAAAGCCAUCAAGGCUCGCCGCGUUGCAGACCUCAAGGAGAUGGUGUCGCAGUGCGACAUCGUCACCGUCAACGCUCCCCUCCACGAGGGUACUCGCGGUCUCGUCAACGCUGACCUCCUCAAGCACUUCAAGAAAGGUGCGUGGCUCGUCAACACUGCCCGUGGUGCGAUUUGCGAUCGCGAGGCUGUCGCUGAGGCGGUCAAGAGCGGCCACCUCGCCGGAUACGGUGGUGAUGUGUGGAACGUCCAGCCCGCGCCCAAGGACCACCCAUGGAGGACGAUGAAGAACCCCCUUGGCGGCGGAAACGGCAUGGUGCCCCACUACUCCGGUACCACCCUCGACGCCCAGGCGCGCUACGCGAACGGCACUCGUCUCAUCCUCGAGAACUACUUGACGAACAAGCCCCAGCCGCCAGAGCACGUCAUCGUCGGUGUUGGCAAGUAUGAGACCAAGGCGUACGGUCAGCGUUGA